AUGUCGCAGACGCCCGACUACGAUUCCUGGAGCAAGGACGCGCUGAUUGCCAGGAUCCGAUCUCUGGAGCAGCCUGCUGAGCAACCUGCCGAACAACCUGCCGAACAACCUGCCGAGCAGCCCACGGAGCCAGAACACGUGCUGGUCCGUAAAGCCAAGAAGCAGCGGCGUGCAGACAAGUUCAACUUUGACAGUUUCCCGCAGCGCAAAGGCAAUGCACUGGCGAAUGCAGAGAAGCGCGAGAUCGAGGACGAGUACCCUACGGUUGAGGGAGAGCUGUUUAAAGCGCUUGCCAGAUGCAAGCUGAUUGCCAGUGAGGACGAGUGCGAUUACUCUAGGUGCGGGCGCACGGACCGUGGUGUCAGCGGGUUUGGGCAGGUCAUCGCCUUGUAUGUGCGCUCAGCUGGCAAAUUCCUGACUGAGGAGGAGGCUGAGGGCGAUGAUGUGUUCCGCGACGAUCGCAAUGAUAGGCGGCCCGUGCGGUUGCCGGCGGAUGACAAGGAGCUCCCGUAUAUCAACAUGCUAAACAAGAUACUGCCGGCAGAGAUCCGGAUCCUGGCGUGGUCGCCGGUAAGCCCCACAUUUGACGCGCGCUUCUCGUGCCGGUGGCGGUUCUACCGGUACUUUUUCACCGAAAAGGGCCUGGACAUUGCGCGCAUGCAGGAUGCGGCCCAGCGAUCAAAGAAUUUUGAGCGCACCGUGAUGGACAUUGCGAUCCGGCCGGUGCCAGAGCGUGUGUCGCUCGUGGGCGAUUCGCAGAACCCAGCGUCGCGCUGGUGGCAGCUGGAGCUGCGUGGCACGGCAUUCCUGUGGCAUCAGGUGCGCUGCAUGAUGGCGGUCCUACUGAUGGUCGGUCAGGGGCUCGAGGAGCCGAGUAUUCCCGAGUACGAAAUGGCGUCUGACUUGCCGCUGGUGCUUGCUGACUGCGCAUAUGACGAGGAGGAUGUGCAGUGGAUCCGCGUCAAGACACCCGGCACGGACAUGGGCAAUAUGACGGUGCUGACGCGCGAGCUGUCGAGGCAGUGGGGUGAGUUGAACACGCAGGCCAACGCUGUGGUCCCCGUCGGCGAUGGCCAGAGCCUGCCGUGGAACGAGUACAAGCCGGCGCCCAAGCCUGGUGGAGCAGAUUUUAUCCUGGGCGGAGGGAAGGUCAAGCAUGUGGGCAAGUACGUGCGCAACCGGCUGUGGAUGGAGCGCAAGGGCAGUAAGCGAGCAAAGAAAGAGUAG